AUGGAGAAAAUCAUCUACGACUUCUACUCUGAUCUCUUUGACAGCCAUGCUUACUUGCCUCCUCACCAUCUGAGGAAAGACGGGCAUACCAUUCCAGAAGAAUGCAAGGUUCCGAAACAGUGGAGGACCACCAAGACCGUGUUGUUGUAUCAAAAGGGAGAUCGACAUGACAUCGGCAACUAUCGCCCAAUCUGCUUACUGUCCGUCAUCUACAAGCUCUUUACAAGAGUGAUCCUUAAUAGGAUUGAAAAAGUCUUGGAUGAAGGACAGCCAUGCGAGCAAGCAGGAAUUCGAAAAGGAUUCAGCACGAUUGACAACAUUCACACUGUUUUGAAACUCAUCGAGGUAUCACGAGAAUACAAGAUGCUCCUCUGUCUCACCAUUAUCGAUUUGAAGAAGGCCUUUGAUUCGGUUGUGACGGAAGCAGUCGUAGAAGCCUUGAACAAACAAGGCGUCCCUACUCAGUACAUAAAGAAUCAGCCAAGCGGAGCGAAUGCUGACCGAAUUCGACGAAACAUGUGGAUGCAUCGGUCUUCAGCUGAAUCUACAAAAGACGUUGUUCAUGUGGAACGGAUGAGUCUCGGAUGCCCCAUUCACGCUCAAUGGAACGAACAUAUCCGAAUGCACCAGCUUCGUUUAUCUGGCAUCGACGAUGUAGUGAAGAAGACCAGGAACACACAGCUCCGUGCUCACCUCUUCAACACCACCGUACUUCCUGCUUUGACCUAUGCUUGGGAAACCUGGGCAUUUCGCAAGCAGGAAGAAAACGCGGUGAGCGUCAUUGAACGCGCAAUUGAGAGAGUGAUACUAUCCCGUUUCACGCAAGUGAGGGACGGGAUUCGAAGUUCUCUCUUACGUCAGCGAUCAAAGAUUAGAGACUCUGCUGCGUUUGCCAAGGAAAGUAAAAUAAGGUGGGUCGGACACGUGAUGGGCAUUAACGACAACCGUUGGACCAGAGCCGUGAGCGACUGGGUUCUUCGCGAUAUUAAGCGCACUACAGGAAGACCGCCGACUAGAUGGUCAGACUUAUUCACGAAGUCCUUCAAAGAAAAAUAUGAUGCUCUCCGUGUCCCACGCGAAAGGAGGAACCACUCGGCUACUCUGGCACGCGAUCGGGACAAAUGGAAGAAUUACUGGCGCCCGCUCGACCAGUUCGAAGAUCAACAGGAGUCAAGGUGA